AUGAGCUUCUGGGACGAUCCAGUCUUCGCUGGAACAGCACAACCAAUUUCCGCGACAACAGCCGAUACCACUCUGAAGCAGUCAGUUGGCAAGAUCGAAUUAACGGAUGAUCAACUACAACUAUACAAAGAGGAACCACCCAAAUUCACCAGUUGGGAUGGGUUCUGGGCUGACCCAGUAUUCGCGAAUGUCGCUGGAAGAGAAGCACCUCUUCCCGAAGGGGAGACCCGUGAGUUCUGGAAGUACGAGCUAGAUGAGUCUGUCUCACUCAGCUCACUUUUCCCGGAUCUGUCAUCUACAGCAUUUGGAUCGGUCGCCUUCCGGAAAUCGGCCAUCGAGUGGUGGUCAAAGCCCAUUCUCGACAAGCCAGCUGGAUUAUAUCUCCGGACUGAGAUCGAGUUCAAUGGUCUGCUCGAUGGGGUAUUCGAAGUUUUCAAGCAGUUCCUUGGCGAUGAGGCAAAGCCAACGCUCCGGAUUUCUGCGUAUCUUGGGGUUACACAGGUACCGGAUGGAACGUAUGCCUCAGAUGGUCUGACAUUCGAGGGUUCGUUGCUUGGCUUGAAGUCUCAAAUGCCACCGGGGUUAGAGCUUGUCACCAUCCUCUCUGUAGGGGUACAGGUCAAUGUUGGGAAGACCAACACCACCACGGAAAUCGAAUCGUUCGUUGCACCUGCAAAGUCAGAAGAUGUUAGCUGCGCUGUCAUCGGCGAACUGCAUGCUUCUUUCCCUGGAUUGACUGGUCCACUCUUGUUAGCAUACAAAGCCUCUCUUGGAGAGACCUUCUUGAGACUGGAUAUGACCAUACCUGGGGACGGAAAAUGGAGGAGCCCACUUGGUGUUGAGUCAUUGCUGCUCGAUGAAGCGAAAUUCUCGAUCAACAUCCCACUGCCAAAGACGGUCGCCAAGCCGAGUGACGACACAGUCCUAGCUGCGUCCAAACAGGAUGUUCAAGCCCUAGCACCAACAACCGAGUCCCAAGAGCAGACAGCUUUACUCCCAGGUGGAGCAACGGCAGCUCAGCUUGACGCAUCGCUAUCCUUUACUGUGUCGGCGAAAUGGAAGACUUCCAGCAAUGGCGUGGUCAAACUGACUGGUGCUAUAUACAAACAGUAUCCCGAUGCAUCAUACAUCGAAGGAACAUUAGAGAGAGUCACCUGGAGUGACAUAAAGAAGCUGUUUUCCGAUAUUCACGGCGAGGAUCUGGCAACUUCCGAUCAUGAGAUCACCUGCGAGAAGCUGACUAUCAGGAUCUCCAAAGCUCAGCUUCUGCUCAGAGGGUCGCUUUCCAUCGAUGGGAGGCAUUUGGCCGCAGCCACCAUCGCCAUCACCUCUGCCGGUAUUCUCAUCAGAGCAGAUGUGCAUGAGUUCUCCAUAGAUGACGGCUACGUCACUAUUCAUGAUGCUUCGCUUACCCUGAUGAUUGGCAAAGCGGCUACUACAGCCUCUCCUGAAGGCAAGGAAAAGCAGCCAGAGACAACUCAGAAAGGCUGGUAUGGUGGACUCGAGGUCGCUGGUCGGAUCACGAUUAAAGAAGGUGUCUCCAAGCCUAUGGAUAUCAGAGUCGUCUUCACUGGUGGAAAGCAGAACGGAAAGAUGUUUUGGGUGCUUUGUGGUAGCAUGGACUCUGAUGUGUCAUUGAGAGACAUAGUGUCUUCUAUCGAUGAGCAUUCCGAGCUUGAUCUUCGACUAAAGUCUGUCUGUCUUGUGGCCUCUAACAUAGACAGUCCCAAGUGUCAUCUCAACACAAACGGCUACGUGAUUAGGCCUGGGUUCUAUCUGUGGGCUACUUUACAGAAGAUACCGUGCAUUCAGAUUGGUGGGAAGGUCAAAGAGCCUGCAGCAGGCGAUACGACACAGCUCUCUAUUGGUUGGAAGAAAGGCAGCAAAAUUCCAAACGUCUCGAUCUUCUUACCGAAGUCCUUGAAGAUCGACAUCGGCCCACGUUUCAGGACGAACAGGUUCGAGCUCCAGAUUGGUAGUGACCGUAGCCUGCGCUUCGUGGGGGGCUUCCAGGUGCGCAUGGACGACAAUACCGAGUGGCUACAAUUUGAUCUUGCCACGGAGGUCAAGGCAUUGGAGGUCGCUGGUGAGCUGGUAUUCACUGGACAUAUCAACAACCCUUUCGGACUCAGCAAGGAAAUCACGAUUGGCCCAAAGCUUGCUUUAGGAGUAAAAUUCAAAUGGCCUGUACUCGUGGCGACAGGUCUACCUACGGGUGGUGGUAUUCUAGGCUCCUUCUACCUUGGUAAGGUCAGCCCAGACAACGCAUAUGGGAUGGCGCUCUACGUCUGUGAAGAUCCCAAGGACAUGCUGAUCAAAGUCAAUGCACCAUCCAUGGACUACUACAAGCUGAUCCAGUUUGUCGGAGCCAUUAUGGACAGAGAGGUACCUGCCACAGACAUGGAGAUACUUCAGCUCAAGGAUGUCGAUAUCUACGCCAGUGGAGGGGUAGCUUUUGCGGGUGACUAUUACCCCGCGGGCAUUCGGUUCAAAGGGAAAAUCAUUGUGUUUGAUCAUGAGGCGGGCAUGGACUGCUCGCUCACUACCGAAGGACUUCGACUGAAAGCAUGGCUUCAAACCAUCGAGCUCGGACCACUCAGUAUCGGCGGUACUAUGACACUACCAGAUAAACCUGGUGUAACUUUUGCGUUGUUGGAUCUGGAGCUUAGUAUGACGACACAGAAAUUCAUACUCAACGGCUUCGUGAAGAUCUUCAACCUCUCAGCAUCCAUCGACCUACAUAUACAGCUCAUGCCAGAUCCAGCCUUCUUCUUCAACUUCGAGUUGCUAUGGAGCGAUCUUCUCAGCAUCAAAGCGAAGGCUUUUAUGAUCAGCAAAGGUGAAGAGAAGAGCCUCUCGAGGAAGCUCGCAAACGCGGACUGGACUAUUGAUGUAGCUAUUGAGCAACAAAUUAUCCAGAGGAUGGUUGAGACGAUACGAACGGCCUUGGAGAAAUUCCACGCUGCUGUGAAAGCAAAGAUCGCGGUCGCUCAUGGAGCAGUUGCGGCAGCUGAGGCAGAGUACAAGGCCGGAAUCGAAGAAGCGCAAAAGACCUUGAUAUCUAAGCGUUCUGAGUAUAACCGACGCCACAAUGAGCUUGAUGACAAGAUCGCGGCACUGGAGCGUGAAGCCAACUCUGGGAUGAGCGCACGCAAUAAAGAUAUCCAAGAUGCGAAAACCAAUGAAACAAAGUCGACACAGGAACAGAGUUGCUAUCAGUCAAUCAGUCAGUUGUCAGUUCAUCUUUGCGGUUCAAACUGUCAGUCUGGAGGUAGUGAACUGACCUGA